AACGAUCAAAAUAUAUUAUAUGUUAAUCAACUAAAUACGGAAGGGCAGACUGGAAAUAUUCCAUCACCGGAUAAAUUACCACCAUCAAUUAUUGAUAGUCUCAAGAAAUUGGAAGAACAAUCGAAUAAAGUUCGUUUAGAAGCGAUAAAGCAACGUGCAUUAGAAAAGAAAAAGUUAACGAACCAUAUAGUGUUUUCUGAUAAUAAUUUAGCACCCGAAAUAUCUGAAAAUCUCAACUUGUUUGAUUCGGAUGAAGAACAUAAUAACGAUGAACAAUCAAACCUGGCAAUUAAUCCAAUAUUUGAAGGCGAAUCUGGACGUGAACGUCUCUACAUUCAAAGAAAGUUUCGUGGUGAUGACCGGUUCAAAUUGACUAGCGAUUUUGUUAGUGACGAUGAAAAAAAUAAUGCAGAUGAAAAUAAUCCCGAGAAAAAUGGUAAUAUGGAUCAAGUACUGCCAGAAGAAAAAGCAAACCAGAUUGGAAUCUUGAAAGGGCUUCUGGGUUAUGAUCCAAAUAAAUCUAAUCCUAAAAAGAAAUCGUUGCAAUGGAAAGAACUGGUUCAUUUUGAUCCUGAUGCGCCUGAAGCUAAGAAUCUCGAAUUGGAUAAUAUUCACGAAGAUUCGGAUUCCGAGGAACAUGAAGAUGUGCAAAUGGAAGAUCAGAAGAGUGAUGAAGAAUCUUUGGAUGCCAUUAGAAAAACCUAUGAAGUAACGGAUCAAACCACGAGUCAAGGGAUAGGAUCUACAUCCGGUCCAAUGUUUUUUUUUCAUUUUGGAGAUGCUGCAUUGUCUACAAGGUUGUAUAUACUUUUUGGUUUAUAA